AUGUGGUUGUUGCACUACGAACGUACUAUAUGCUUUAUUUGUACAUUGAUCGAGCUAGUCUUAUCAGAUCAGCUUGUGUCAGCUUAUCAUUUAAGCACUACAACACGAAAAUCAAGAGACGAUCAGCAAUUAACAUAUUUAUCACCUUUUAAUCAAUCUAUACAUAAUGUUCAUAUGGACGAUGGACCCAUAUGUUUCUGGAACUGUCCGAAGUUACAACCAGAAAUGGCGCUUCAAAAUUGUCCCAAGUUAAAACGUGGUUUAAUUUGUGGUAAAUAUCAAAUUUAUCAUGAUUAUCGUCCUUGCCCAACUGCAACAAUUUUUUGUCGACGAAAUAUGACAAAUUUUAAAGAAGCUGGAGUAUAUGUAGCUGUUAUUGCUACUGAUCUAGCAAACAAAAAACAUGGUUUAUACAUAGUACCAUAUGUAGAUAGAGAAAAUGGCAUCGUACAACCACUGGUUCUAGAAAAGCCUUAUCAUGGUAACUUUGGUCGCGGUGACCUUUUUUGUGGUUCUAAUGGCCAUUGGGUUCUUCAUGACACUACAUAUCAAUUUGAAGUAGAAAAAAUAUUCUGUUUGAUCGUUCAUGCACGCAAUUUAAAUCAUGUACUAGACUUGAAAAACCCUACAUACGAUCGCAUAACUCCCAUAAAACCUUUCGAAGUAGGUGAUCCCGAAUUUUUCGGUUUUUCAGAGAGCUAUUAG